AUGGCAACACAAACAAGACAAAUUUUCCAUGGUCAAGAUGAUAAGUUUCAAGAAAAUCAUUGCAUGAGGAGAAAUGCUGACAGAGAUCCAAAGCAACAAAUGAGCCAGAAGGAUAACAGUGGACUUGGCCCAAAUGCAGACAAUGGAUUACUGGUUACACAUGUAAACCAGACACAGGACUUACUGAAGUUACAGGAGCGUGAGACCCUGCCUUUGGUUUGGGAGGACUCUGAAGACUGGCUUUCAACUCACAGUUUACAGUUUCAGAAGCUCACCUUGCCUGACCUGAUAAGCCAGGGCACAGCUGUUCUGGAGGAGGGCAGCAAUGUCCGACAGAAAGUGCAUUUCUCCACCGAGACCAUCCACCAUUUCGAAUCAAAGCUUUCCGAAGCUAUCGAACUCUAUCAACAGAGAAUUCAGUGGCUCACUGAAAACAGCAAGAAGGCAUUUGGCCUCAUCAAGGGGGCCAGAGUCGGCCUCCUCAUUGAUACCUCAACGGUCAGCAGUGGCCCUCAGAAAGAGGAGUUCCAGAAGGACCUCAUGAGCCUCAUUGAUGAGCAGCUGAGCCACAAGGAGAAGCUGUAUGUCCUCUCUUUCAGCAGCACCUGCAGUGCCCUCUGGCCAGACCCCGUGGAAGUCAACACCUCCACCCUCCAGGAACUCAAGCAUUGGGUGAAGAAGCUACAGCCGGAAGGAGGGACUAAUGUGCUACAAGCCCUGAAGAAACUCUUCACCAUAAAAGGCCUGGAUUCUCUGGUCAUCAUCAUGGGAAGCUGCCCAAAUCAGUCCUCAGAAAUCCUGUCUGACUACAUGCAGCAAUCCAUGGUGGGAAGGAGCAUCAUCACCCACAGCAUCACGUACAAAUGCAACAAUCUGGUGCCCCCUGCGGUCCUAAAGAACCUUGCAGAAGCUGUUGGGGGUUACUACCACUGCUACAGCCCGGAGACAGAGAUCUACACCAACCGGGAAAUAGAAGAGAUCCUGACAGAAAUCCAGAAAGCCCAGAGCCUGUUCCAUCAUAUCCAAACCCUGAGCCCCAGCGGCCCUGGCAAGGGAUUCACUGGCCUGAUGAGGGAGAUUUCUACAGAGAUUGCAAAAGAGCCACUGACAAGUCUCUUGCCUAAACCCCCAAAGCAUGAGGGCCCCCUCACAAUUGAGUUUCCAAACUUGGAUAAGAGUUCUGCAGAAUGGCUAAAGAUCAAUGGUUUAAAAGCUAAGAAGUUAAACCUUUAUCAGGUCCUGGCCCCCAACGCAUUCUCUCCCGUGGAAGAAUUUGUGCCUAUUCUUCAGAAAACGGUCUCAUCGACCGUCCAUGAGAAGGCAAUGGUACAAUUUGAGUGGCAUGAUGGGACAGUGAAGAAUGUUCACGUGGACCCGCCCUUCCUCUAUGAGUACCAGAAACAGCUCAACAGAGCUAUGCGGAUGUAUGAAAGGCGGAUCGAGUGGCUCUCCCUGGCCAGCAGAAGAAUCUGGGGCACCGUGUGUGAGAAAAGGGUGGUUAUACUGCUCGAUACCUCCGUGACGAAUUCCAUGUACAUUAUUCAUAUCCAGCACUCACUGCGGCUACUGCUGGAGGAGCAACUGUCCAACAAGGACUGCUUCAACAUCAUCGCGUUUGGAAGCACAAUUGAAAGUUGGAAACCUGAGAUGGAUGCCGUGAGCCAUGAUAAUUUGCAAAGUGCCUGGCGGUGGGCCCUGAGCCUGCGGUGUCGUGGCAGCAGGAAUGUCCUCAGCGCCCUGCGGAAGGCUGUAGAAGUGGACUUCAAGGACAAGGAUAAACAACAAUCGCAAGGCAUCUACCUCUUCACUGGGGGCAUUCCUGACCAGGACAUGUCCAUCCUCAGUGCUUACAUGGCUGAGGCCUGUGGGGGCUGUGACCUCCAGCUGAACGUGUGUCUCUUCUACGUGGGCGAACCAGAGAUGGACAGCAUGCCCCCUGCCUGCUAUGCCAGCUGCACUGACACAGCCAACACCUACAGGGAGAUUGUCCGGGCUACUGGGGGCCGCUUCCACUGGUUUGGAGACACAGGCAUUUACGAGAGUGAUGACAUGAACGCCAUCGUGGCUGAGAUGGAAAAGGCUCUCAACUACUCCCAAAAGUGUGCCUUACUUGUGGCCUCCGUGAAGAACCAGUGCAGAAAAGAACUGGAAAGUGCGGCUCUCCGUAAAGAAAAGUCAAAAACACUCAAGCAAAGAAGUCAGCCACAAAAGCUCCAGACUACCAAGCCCACAGCCCUCCCUGUGGCCAGAACGAACAUUCAAGAUGACUCUGACAGAGAGAGGAAGUGCCCCUUGAAAGCUCUGAAACGGCGUCCACUCAGUGGCAAAGCGGUCAUCCCAUCAGCUCCAGCCCAGUCAGUGAAAGAAUGGACAACAGAACAGAGGAAGAAAAAGAAGAAAUCGUGGGAAGGAGAGUCAUCUCUCUCACUGUUUUAUAUGGACACAGGGAAUAAUGUAGGUUCAAUGUACAAGAAGUACCCUCAGGGAAAGGGUGCAUGGAGGACUAGGUCUUCUAUUGAGUUGCCCAGAAAGAAUACAAUUUGUUCCAGCCGAGAGUGGGUAGCCAAUUAUGGACUCAGAAAGCUGAAGAUGGACAUCUCCAGAUACAUUGGUCCCAGGUGCACUCACCAGAAGUCAGUGCGGGGCUCAGCAUCAGCCAACCACUGCAGCGUCUUCCCCAGUGUGGAGAUCAACGGACUGGUAAGGCAUCUUCAGUGUACUCUCUGGGAAAUAGAAGUAUACAUCACAUGCAUGGAGAAGGUGGUGAGGCGCUAUGUCCAGAGGCUGCAGUGGCUGUUGUCUGGGAGCCGCAGGCUGUUUGGUGCCAUUUUGGAGAGCAAAGUUUGCAUCCUCCUUGACACUUCAGGGUCCAUGGGCCCCUACCUGCAGCAGAUGAAGACAGGGCUGAUUCUGCUGGUCUGGGAACAGCUGCGGAGACACUGUGACAGCUUUAACUUAAUCAGCUUUGCAGAGGGCCUACAGCCAUGGCAGGACACCCUGGUGGAGACCACAGACACAGCAUGUCACGAGGCUAUGCAAUGGGUGACCCACCUGGAAGCUCAGGGGAGCACCUCAGUUUUGCAAGCAUUAACGAAAGCUUUCCAGUUUCGUGAGGUGGAAGGGUUGUACCUCCUCACCGACGGGAAGCCAGACACAAGCUGCAGCCUUAUUUUAAGUGAAGUCCAAAAAUUCCAGGAGAGAAGAGAUGUGAAAGUCCAUACUAUCUCCCUCACCAGCUCAGACAGGGAAGCAGUGGAAUUCCUAAGAAAGCUGGCCUCACUCACUGGGGGGCGCUAUCAUUGUCCUGUUACAGAGGACACGCUCGUCCAGAUUCAUGGUGUGCUGACCAAGGGCUUCACUGACGAAACGGAUCCUGUGUUGCCACGAUUCGAAGGAGACGAUCUAAAGAAACUGACCCAGGAGAUUUCCAAAGCCAGACGCUUCCUCUGGCAGGCCCAGUCCUUCAGAUCCCAACUCCAGAAGAAAACCAAUGUGGAAUCAAAGGCUGCUCCUUUAUAG